CACAGUGAAGCUGAUCCUUUUUGGAAUAAGAUGGUCGGGAAUCUAAGGAAACUGUUGAUGAGAAUUCCACAUGCCUUGCUCGUAUAUGGAGGGCGGGGGUCCAAUCUGUAGGUGCUGCAUUCAGGGGCUUUUAGAUGCGCAGUGCUGCCCGCUACAGAGCCACGUCAGGCCUGCAGCAACUGCUUCAUCAAGGUUACAAACAGGCCCGCUGGACUAGAAGCACUCGAGGAAACACACACCAGCAGCGGUCCCAAACCCAGGAUUAACUUUAUUGUUGAGAAUUAGUGCAGCACAGAGGCUGCGCUGCAGUGUCGGCACCAUCCUUUUCGUCUGUGCGUCCGAGAGAAGAUCAUUAUCUGCUGCUUCAUGGAAACGCACAGUCGUAAAAAUGGUUGCACUCGGAGGACAUCCGUAAAUGCCAUCGCUUUUUCCCCACCGCCGUGCGUGAAACACCGCAGCUGCAGCCGGACUGAGUGUUGGAUGUGAAGUCUUCAUUGUGCGCCGUGUGCCGCUGGAGUGAAGGUGACUUGCGCCCCGUCGCAGUGGAAGCAAUGCGGAGAGGAGUCGCGGGCGCUCAUCCGCUUCUUUUCCUGCACUCAGAGACUCGUCUGGGAGAAGAUUUGCCUCCUCUCCCACACUAGAGGGAAGCAACGUGAGAGACAGAUAAAUACGACCAUUGAGGUUGGCGAAGGUGAAGCGAGCUGUCAAAAGAAAGGACGGUGAAGUUGCAGAGAGGAAGUGGUGGAGUUUCGGGGCGAAAUAGACCAGACGAAGCGUUCUGUACCGGGGCUGUUUUAUUAGUGGAUGUGUAUGCAUGAGUUCUGCAUCGAACGGGCGCAAAAGCCGCCCCAGAUCCGCCGGGAACAUCUUCCAGAUCGGAAAGCCUCCUUAUAGAGACCCACAGAGGAGGGAGAGCACAGAAAGUACCCGCAAAGCCCAGCGCGCUGUGGCCGACUGCAGAAUGAUCGUCCAAGAAUUUAACACACUUGUGGCUCUGUACCGUGAGUUGGUCAUAUCUAUUGGCGAGAUCUCCGUCGACUGUCCUUCUUUACGAGCUGAAAUGCUGAAGACACGAACUAAAGGCUGCGAAAUGGCCAGAGCAGCGCACCACAGCCUGUCCUUAAUAUCAGGGCCUGAGGAUGGGGAAAUCCACCCAGAGAUCUGUCGGCUCUUCAUCCAGCUGCAGUGCUGUCUGGAGAUGUACAUCACUGAGAUGCUUAAAUCUGUCUGCUUGCUGGGGUCCCUGCAGCUCCACAGGAAAGGCAAGGAUUCUGGUGGACCUCCUGGGAUCGAUAAUAAAGCUGAGGAGAGCUCAGACAUCCCUAUCCUAGAGGACACCUCUUCUUCCCCUACUGAAUGCCCUCAGCUCUGCUGGCUGGUGGCCACUGACAUAGAAAACAUAGAAAAGGAUAUGAAGGAGAUGAAGAACCUUCUCAGUAAACUCAGGGAGACAAUGCCUUUACCAUUGAAGAACCAAGAUGACAGCAGUUUGCUGAACCUAACUCCCUACCCACUGGUCCAACAGAGGAAGAGGAGGUUCUUUGGGCUCUGUUGCCUGGUUACCAGCUAAGGGUCCCGCCUUCAUGGGUAGGAGGCGGCAACAAAGACACCAUUACCCACCGUCCUUCACCACUUGUGUCUCCCACUAAUCGAUUACUGCCAUUUUCAAAUGAAUUGUCUUUCUCUUUUUUUAAAGGCUGCCCAUUUUCUAAUUUUAUUUUGUAAUAAAAAAAAAAACUGUAAUUGCAUUAUAAUGAAAACAAAAGUCAUGAACGUAUAUUUUAAAAUAUUUUGCACCAGAUUUUCCCUUAUUUGGUAAAUGAGGUCUGAUACCUGCUUGUCCACUGUCGAAAAGAAUGAGAGGUUAUUUGGAAAUAAAUGUUAACGUUGUGUUAUUUCCGCAAACUUGAGGGAUAAAUGAAAGAAAUUAAUAUUCAUGUUUUUAAAAAAGGGAAUAUAAAUGUAUGUUUGUGUCAUAAAUAAUGUAAUAACUUAUUAAUAUACUCCAUCCGAGUACUUGAGGAUGGUAUUUGCAGGGACAAAACUGUAUUUGUUUCUGUCCAAAUUGAAAUGAGAGGUUUGUGCAGAGCAAGAUCGUUGUGUAGUAGUCUCUGUUUUCCGUUUCUUGUUGUUUUUCUUCUAAUGUACUUAAUUUAGUCUUCCAUAAACCAAGAACCUGUACAUGACUAACUUUCCAGCUUCAAUAUAGAAUAUAUGAUACAAAACUCAAAAGAAAACCUAUUUGCACACAGUAUCUAUCUAUGAAUUGAGACAUUGUGCCUGUAUAUACACAAUCUUUUCACAAUUCUCUAUGAAUUCUUCUCAAAAGUGGAUUUUCAAAGAAUGUGUUGUUGGCUUAAGAACUGAGUGUCCUUCUGUGUUAGAGCACAUCGGGUAGCAUGGGUCAUCAGCAUUUAGGGCAGUACUGAAAAGAGAUAUAGGUCAUUUUGCAUUGUUAAUAAAACUUUUGUUAUGGAAAUCUA